UAGACAACUAUUAUUAAUAUAAAAAAAAAAAACAAAACAAAACCAAAAUAGUAUACAAAUUAGUACACAGUUUAUGAUUUGUGUUAAUUGUGUUUCGAGUUCAUUUUUUCAUUGUUUUAAAUUGUAAAAAAUUUCAAGGCUCAGACACAGACACACACCCACUGUUGAGGGCCAGCAAAGGAUUAGUUUCAAUUAAUUUUUAGUCGAUGAGUUUUAGUUGCAAAGGCCAGGGCCCCACACACACGAGGCAACACAUGCACGCCUAUUUUUGGGGCUGCUCUGCACCACCCAAGGACCUAGACGCACGACACGACACGACACGCCCAAACCAAUGCUAAAAUGUCGCAGCCCAACGAACAGACAAACUUGCCGCACAAUCCCAACCAGCCAGCAUCCACAGACACACCAUCCCCACCCACACCCACACCAACACCAACACAAUCUCCUCCCACUCCAACACCUUCCACAACAACUACAACAACAACCACAACAACAACACCAAAUGAGCUGAAACAACGCCUGACGCCAUUGAAUGUGCGUCGUUUAUCGGGCUACGUAAAUCCGCAAAUGAUCAGCGAUCAUGCUGAUGAUGAUCCCCCGCCCACAACAAUUAAUAUUGGCCUCUUUAACCACAACAACAACAACAACAACAACAAUAAUAAUAAUAAUAACAACAACAAUAAUACAAAUAAUAAUAAUAACACCGCAUCAACAACGCCACCAUCUGCAUAUGCCACACCACCAAUAUACCAACAACAGUUGUCCACACUGACAGCAACAACACCGCUAGAUGUGGCACCGGAUGAUAAAUACAGAUUGUUUACCAUUUUCAAUGGAAACGAUCCCGACAAUGAGAAAUUGUCGGGCCUACCACAUUCGACAACUGGUUCACUAAGCUCAAUCAUCACGACGUCCAUAGCAUCCUCCGAACCGGAUCCUGGAGCGGCGAGUGGCGGCGGCGGCAGUGGAGGAGGAGGCGGAGGCGGUGGAGGAGGUCCUGGCACCGGAUCGGGUGCCCUUGUGGCAGCAGAUGCCUCCAGUAUCGCCGGUAUCAAUGGCAGUUCCGAGGAGAAGCUGGCCCUCAAUAGGCCAGGAAUCAAGCAGGAAAAGUGGACAACGAUACUGCUGCAGGUUUCCAUACCAUUCUUCCUGGCCGGCAUUGGAACAAUCGGAGCUGGCAUUGUGCUGGGACGCGUUGAGAAAUGGUAUGUCUUUAAGAAUGUCAGCGAAUUGUUCAUCCUGGUGCCGGCACUUUUGGGACUGAAGGGUAACCUGGACAUGUGCCUGGCUUCCCGGCUUUCCACGCAAGUGAAUUUGGGCAACAUGACCAGUAGACAGGGCGUAGUCCGGAUGAUUGUGGGCAACAUAGCACUGGUCCAGGUCCAGGCGACGGUGGCCUCCUUCCUGGUGGCCAUGUUCGCGGUGAGCGUGGGUGCGGCCAUGACUGGAGAGUUCUACUUUGAGAACAUGAUGCUCCUGACAGCCUCGGCCAUGUUCACGGCGACAUCGUCAUGCUUUGUUCUGGACUUUGUUUUGGUGGCCGUGAUCCUGUUCUCGCAAAAGUAUCGCCUUAAUCCCGAUAACCUGGCCACACCGCUGGCCGCCUCCAUUGGCGAUGUGGUGUCCAUCAGUCUGCUCUCCUUCAUUGCUUCGUUGCUGUAUGAGCAUAUCAAAACGCACCUGUGGAUCACCUUCAUUGUGGUGUGCUGCUACCUGGUCCUCCUGCCCAUGUGGGUAAUGAUUGUGCUAAGGAACGAGUACACGCGUCCGGUGCUAAAGAGUGGAUGGGUGCCAGUGCUCUCGGCCCUCUGCAUAAGUGGGCUGGGUGGUCUGGUUCUGGACGCCGCCGUUGAGGUAUUUAAGGGCUUUGUGGUAUUCCAACCCAUCAUCAAUGGAAUUGGCGGAAAUCUGGUGUCGGUGCAGGCCAGCAAGAUAUCGACGAUGCUGCACCAGAGCUCAAUUAUUGGCAUUAUACCACCGCACACAAAGAUUUGGGAGUGGCCCUGGAGGGCGCUCUUCAAAGGCGUUCCCUAUGCAAAGACGGCGAGAAUACUUAUCGCCAUGUCAAUUCCGGGCAAUAUAUUGUUCAUCUUUGCCGCUGAUUAUAUCAACAUGAGCACCUCGACGGUCAGCUGGGUCUUUGUGUUGUCCUAUCUGACCGCCAGCUUGGUCCAGGUAAUGCUGCUGCUGUACAUUGCCCACAUUAUUGUACACGCGAUGUGGAAGUGGAAGAUCGAUCCGGACAACUCGGCCAUUCCCUAUCUGACGGCCUUGGGUGACCUGCUGGGCAGCAGUUUAUUGGCGGUGGCGUGGCUCUUUACCAUGUCCGUGGGCAUGGAGUACGGCGCCGGUAUGGAGACCCUCAAUGCACCCAACUAAAAGUCCUGGCUAGCGAAAAACACUCAGAAAUAGUUGAUGGGCAUACGUAACACCCGUAAAACGAUAAACUAAUAAGGCAGCCACAAACCACAAACACAAUAUAAAGAACUGUUAUGUACCUUAAAGAAAUAUAUAGAAACAUAGAAACAGAA